CCAAGCUGGAGGAGGAGAACGGCAGCCUGCGGGAGCUGGUGGAGGACAUGCGGGCCGCCCUGCAGAGCAGCGAUGCGCGGUGCCUGGCGCUGCAGGUGGGACUGCGGAAGAGCCACGCCAGCCAUAAAGAAGAAGGAUCCUGCUUCAUAGGGAGUAAGAGACCAUUAACACAGAACCACUCCCAGACUGAGUGCCUCCAAAGUGUCCUGAAGGAAAUGGAGCUCAUCCGGAGCUCCAGGGAUGGGCAGAUUGAAGAAGCCAUCAGGUUCAAUCAGGAGCUGGAGAAGGAGCUGAAGAGCUCUCAGGAAGCUCUGGUCAGCCUGGAAGAUUGCAACCGUAACCUGAAGAGAGAGCAGGCAGAGAUGAGGAGGAAGGUGGAAGAAGCCAGACACGCUGUCCUGAACAGUCUUGGCAAAGUGAAGGAGCUGGAAGUGAGAGCUAAUGAGGUGCCACAUCUGCAGAUACACAUUCAGCAGCUGGAAUCACAACUGCAGCACUACAGGUGGGCAGCGGAGCGAUGGCAGCGUGGCCAGCAGCACAGCCCCGAGCAGAGGGAUCGCCGCUCCCCGGCCGGCACCGCCGAGCACGACGAUCAGCUCUUCCGCUCCGUGGAGGGCCGGGCUGCCUCGGACGAGGAGGAGGAGAAGUGGGCAGGAGAGCGGGACCCCCAGCUGGAGCACGGGAAGAAGAUCCUGGCCAAGCUCCCUUGCUGUGGCAGUGGAUGUGAUGAAAAGUCGUGGAGAAAUCCGCUGUCCUACCUGGAGAGCACUGACGGGAAGGACCCUGUGGAGCUCCCAGGGAGAAUCUCCCCCCUCACAGAGCAGACAGAACUCAAGGGCCACCAAGAGAAAAAACUGGAAACAAACAUGGAAGAGGUGAAAGGCCCCGUGCUCGGGGAGCUGCAGCAGAAGGUGGAGGAGGCAGAAGGGCUGAAGAUGGAGCUGCAGAUGUUGGAGACAGAGAGGGUUCGGCUGUCCCUGGUGGAAGAGAAGCUCAUGGAUGUUCUGCAGCUUCUCCAACAACUCCGAGACCUGAACAUAUCUAAACGAGCCUUGGGGAAAAUCCUGCUGAGCACUUUGGAAUCCUGCCGUGACCCCCAACCUGGCAAAGCCCAGCUGUUGGAAGUGCUGAACACCCUUCAGCAGGAGCUGGCCGCCUGUGAACUGUUGCACAAGCAGCCCAUGGAGCAGGCACAGAGCCCACGGGCCCUGUCCAACCCCCUGGUCAUCUCCUGCUGAGCCCAGCCAGCCCCAGGACAGCUGGAAGGAGGAAUGAAGGACAUUUGUCCAGCCCAGCCAGGCCUGGACUGGCCAGGAGCGAGGAGUGACCCCAGGGAAGAGCAGCAGCCCUGGGCUGAGCACAGCCCUGCCUUAGCUGGACUGCAAACCCCAGCCCUGGGGUGCCCUGGGGUGCCCUGGGACUGGGCUGGCACCAAACUGUGCCCAGCAGCCUCACCUGACCCACAGCCAUUUACAGCCCUGGGGAUGCUGGGGCUGGCCACAGUCUGCAGCCUCUGUGGAAGCCCCACUCCAAAGCCAAGUGUUACCCCUGGAUUUGUUAUCCCUUACCCUACAAGUGACAAACUGAAUGAUAAACACACCCAGGAGUGUGUGCCAGCAGUGCAGGUUUUAAGGGCUCUGUGUUUCUCACUCAAUUAUUCACCUUAUUUAACUCUGAAGCUAGAUUCUUUUAUUGCUCUGCUGAAUUUUAUAUUGGCAAUUAUAGAGGUGCCUUAGGAAUAUGCAGCAGCCUUUCCUGUCAACAGUCAGAUUUUACAUAAAAAGUUAAAUUUAAAUGCUUGAAGAAGAUCCAAAGCACUCUUGUUCCCAAGGUCUCAGGGAAAGGAAGGGCUGAAAAAUUCACUUUGCCGUCGUUCUGUGUUAGCAAACAACCCAUGCAGUGCACAAGUGAGUUCUCAAGUUUAAUUUCCCUCAAUGCAGCUGCACAGACACAAAAUUAGCCCCCACAUUCAGGCCAAUUAAUGUAAAAGGGCUGGGCCUAAUCAUGGUGCCAUGGAAUGUUUUAAUCUGCAAUAAAUAAUUCCUGGGGCAACAGUUAAAAAAAAAAAAUAGGUUUCUUUCAAGGUGCUUUUGCUGUGUCAUUCACCUGCCAAACAGGCAGAAUUCCUAAAAGAGCCAGCUAAAUUUAUGUUAUUGAAAAGAUGCACUGUGGAUCUUUUAAGAAUGUGAAAUUAUUUGCCUGAGAUAAUGCCAGCGAUGAAGUAAGAUCAUUCCACUGUACAUGUAUGAUUUUUUUCCUAGAAAAUGGUUUUCAUACAGGAAUAAGGUCCACAAGGCAAGAUGGAGAAUAAGAUUUCCAUUCCUUUCCAUUCAGAACACACUGUGCAGCUCACACACACCUCCAUUAAAAAUUGUGGCACAUUUGAGCCACACUGGGAACAAGAAUUUGUAUUAUUUUCAUUUCAUUUUAAAAGAGAAAAAAAAAAAGGGAUUAUGCAAACAGGGAAACAAACUCUACUCUAUGGUGAUUUACCUCAUUGGGGUUCUUUUUGUAUUUGGGUUUUUUUUUUUGUGGUUUAGCAGAGGAAGAUUUUAAGAAUAGA